CAUCCAGCCGAGUCGUGUGCUCGCACGUGUGUGCGGCUGAGCGACAUGAGCCGGCUGCUGGAGGACCUGGCGCUGGAGAAGGUCAAGCAGGGCGAUGAUGCCGGCGCCAAGCAGGUCCUGCAGGAGAAGAACUCCAUAAAGGAGAUCAUUGAUAGCAGUAACAACAAGGCGCAGGCAAACUUUGCUUUGGCAGGCAAGCUAGCCACGCUGAUUGGCGACAAGCACCACCAGCUGCUGGAGCUCAUGGGCGGAGCCAGCAGCGCCGCAGGCAGUGCCAGCGGCGCCGGUGGCAGCAGUUGGCCGCAGCCCGCCAGCUCGCCGGCGUCCCGGGCGCCCCGCCCCGCAAGUGCCAGCACCAGCAGCACCAGCAGCACCAGCACCAGCAGCUGGGCGACUGGGACGGGUGCGGGUGCGGGCCGCGGGUACGAGAUGCCCUGGCAGACGUCGCUGCAAGAGGCGCAGCAGCGGGUGCGGCAGGCGGAGGCGGAGGCGAGCAAGAUGGGGCGGCUUGCCGCUAUGAGCGCAGAGGACUCCAUUCAGGCGGCGCGCGACCGACUGGCGCAGCGGCAGGCGGAGCUGGGAAUCGCGGCGGGCAGCUCCGGCGAGAGCAUCCUACAGGCCCGGGACCGGCUGCGGCGCACGGCUGAGGAGUCCAUCCAGGAGGCGCGUGCACGGCUGCGGGAGCAGGACGCGCAGAUCCUGGAGUACUGCCGCCGCAUUGUGGCCCGCUACCGGCGCGGCGAGUACGUGACGGAGCAGGAGCUGGAGUUCGCGUUUGAGCAACUGGAGCGCCGCCUGCUGUGAGCAAGAGCGGUUUGGAGGAGGCUUUGCAUGGCAGGCUGAGAGCUGAGAGCUGAGAGAAGGUGACAACGUGCAACUUGAGAACGUGGUCACCAGUGGUGCUGGAGAAAGAGUACCAGGAGGCAUUUUAAUUAUUGUAUUUGUUCGGUACUGCCGGCACGUUCGCAUGGGAGUUGUUGUGAAAGUAGUGUUUGUGUGUGCCGGAGACUCUUCGAUCAGAACGGCUGCUGAAUGCCGGCUGCCAGACAGCAGUGCUAGCCACCAACUGCUACCUAACAACGUGAGCUGGGAACCUGUAAUAACCGCAUUUG